GACGACAGCGCUUGCUGACUGAAAACAUCCCGUCAGUCUCCUUCCGAUCGACGCAGACUACACACGACACUCCCAAUUUUAUUCUGUGAAACCUCUACAGUUAUGGGAAUCUAUGACUGUACUGUUGUUCUCCUCACCUAGUGCUCCAUAGAACAAUUGACAAAAUGUCACCUCUUCUGGCCAGGCUGUUAAGAUGGCGGCGAGAAACUGCGGAAAUAAACGCAGCCGAAGAAGGCGGCUCCACCACAGAAUUACCUGGGGAACUAUCGAUGGAAACUACGUCAAUACCACCUUCCCAAGAGACCAUCGGGGAGGUAACGGCCGACAUUGCCAAAAAGAUCGGCAUGGAGACAUGGCAGUUUGUUGCCAUUCUUGUUGGCGUUGCGGUCGUGGUGCUCGGAAUAUGCUUCUGCUGCAUCAGAAGAUGUUUCCGCAAGAGACGCUCCAAGGAUGGCAAAAAGGGUAUGAAAGGAGUCGACCUGAAAUCCGUCCAACUCCUAGGUUCUGCUUACAAGGAGAAGGUUCAGCCGGACAUGGAGGAACUGACGGAGAACGCCGAGGAGCCGGACGACGGUGACUCCAAGAAAGAGGAGCAAAAGCUAGGCAAACUCCAAUUUAAGCUCGAGUAUGACUUUAAUAACAACAGUUUGUCAGUUACUGUUAUUCAAGCGGAAGAUCUUCCAGCUCUAGACAUGGGUGGGACAUCCGAUCCCUAUGUGAAAGUUUACCUUCUACCAGACAAAAAGAAGAAAUUUGAGACAAAAGUCCACCGAAAGACCUUAAGUCCAGUUUUCAACGAAACGUUCGUUUUCAAGAACGUACCCUACGCCGAUGCAAUGAACAAAACGCUAGUAUUCGCAAUCUUCGAUUUUGACCGAUUCUCAAAGCAUGACCAGAUUGGCGAGGUCAAGGUGCCACUUUGUCAGGUAGACCUGGCGCAGACCAUCGAGGAAUGGCGAGAGCUGCAGAGCGUCGAAGGCGAAGGCGGUCAGUUGGGAGAUAUUUGUUUCUCAUUGCGUUAUGUGCCCACUGCUGGAAAAUUGACGGUAGUAAUACUUGAAGCUAAGAACCUCAAGAAAAUGGACGUCGGUGGUUUAUCAGAUCCGUACGUAAAGAUAGCACUCAUGCAAAAUGGCAAACGUCUGAAGAAAAAGAAGACGAGCAUCAAGAAAUGCACACUGAAUCCCUAUUACAACGAGUCAUUUACUUUUGAAGUACCAUUCGAACAAAUACAGAAAGUAAAUCUAGUGGUAACGGUGGUGGACUAUGAUCGCAUUGGCACUUCGGAACCAAUCGGGAAAGUGGUUUUGGGCUACAACGCAUCGGGAACAGAGCUUCGCCAUUGGUCGGACAUGCUUGCCAGCCCACGGCGCCCUAUUGCACAGUGGCACACACUCAAGGACCCAGAUGAUGGCGAAAAGAAAGAUUAAGGAUCCCUUGAGUAAUCGCAGAUUGCGGUCACAGACGACGGAGUAAAGAAAGUGUCAUCUGUACCUACCUACUUUUCUUCAUUUGUCAAGCUUCCCCGUACAGCUAUGAAUGCUUUUAAUUUUGUUUGUUUAGUUAAAAUGUAGUUUUAAUUAAUCCUAUUUUAAUUAUUGUGAUAAAUUUUAAUACCUUAUUUUUGGUGGGUUAAAACUAUUAAGACCCUAUUUAAAUUUGAUUUUCUACGCUCAAUAUUUAAGCAUAAAUCAAUGGUGAGGCAUGUUAUCUGCUCUUAAAGCCGUACAUAAGAUGAUAUGUAACAUAACUAAUGGAUCUACUUUAUUUUAUAUUUCUUCAAUAUGUUCGACUCUUAUUUCUACGAAGCGAAGAACAAUGAAUUUGCAUUAUAUAGAAAUUCUUAAGUUAUUCGGAUCCCUUUUGAACUUACUAGUGUUGUGAUGCAUGUAUACAAUGCUGCGAUGUUCUCUUCACUUUCGAAAAAAUUACACGACACGCCUCACCCUUCAAACCCCGCUUACAAUCAAUGAAUACUCGUUUCGUUAAUUAUUAUUAAAACCUUUAUUAUUGAAUCAGUUAUAAAAAUAUAGGUAUCCAUUAAAAAUAUUUUUCAGUUGGUAAUAGUUCAAUAUUUCUAUUAUCAUUUUUAAUUAUGCCAACAAACUUCAUUGUGGUGAGCUAAUAUCGAAAUUUUCCAUUUUAUUAAUAUUCUACAUACAUGAACAUUAAAACAUAUUUACUUGAUGUUCGAAUCUAAUUGUCUUAAAAUUACUUAACGCCUAUGUAAAUAAGUUAUAUCCUGUUAAAUUUAUUACAUUCUAUUUUACUAUCAA